UAGGAGGCACGAAAGGCAAAAUAUAAGUGCUUCCGGUUUGCGUAAUGAAUUUCCACUGACUAAAGUUUUAUUUUUUCUCAAGAGAGUGACAGAGUAUCCAUAUAGAUGAUACCCAAGUUAUUUCAGUGGCUGAUAGGAGCUGGCCUCUUUGUGGCAGUGUGGCUUGCCUUUGUUCUGGAAAAAGUUGAUGUUCAGUUGACAGAAAUCCAGAAAACUCUUGUUUUACUUUCUCCUGUGAUAGCAGUUGGUAUUUUUGGGAUUAUCUCUGCUCUAAUAGUUUUAUACAGAGUUGCAAUAUUUAAUGAUUGUAAAGAUGCCGCAGAAGAAUUAAAACAGCAAAUAAAAGAAGCACGAGAAGAUCUGUCCAGAAAAGGAUUCAAGUUUGACGACACGUGACAAACAUAGGAGAUCAUCAUCAUCUUUCUCAUAUGUUGUUAUACCACUCUACACAUGAUUAAAAUGUUUGUUCUAAA